UAUUCUGAGAUCUCCCAUCUCUGCCAUUUUCUUUCUUAUUAGAUCCUGCAACGAAACCUGAAGACAGAUACAGUCUUUUUUUUUUUUUUAAAUCUUUUUACAGAGAAGAAAACUUUCAAUAAGAAGAUCGCAAAGGAAAAUUCAUUUAAAGCAAUAUUGACUCUUGUCCCUACUACACCUUUCUUCUUCUGCUGCAUUCUAAAAACUUAAAUUUACUUUAAUUUCAUCACCGCUUCUCAUCUUUUACUUCAUUCAUAUAUUUCCCAUUUUCCCAUUUCUUGAUUUUUCUCCAAAGUUUAAAUCUUUUCAAUAUCGAGUCUUGAAAAGUUUAAUUUUUUUCAUUUUGUGUCUUGAAUCUUUUAGUCAAUCUGGGGUAGGAAUUUCCCAUUUCUUGGUUUUGUUCCAAAGUUCAAAUCUUUUCUAUAUUGGGUGUUGAAAAAUUUCAAUUUUUUUUUCAUUUGGGUGUUGAAUCUUUUAGUUAAUCUGGGCCAAGAAUAUACCAUUUUCCAAUGUGGUUAAAGUUUUGAUGCAAUUGUGUAUUAUUAUCACAUGCAUGGGAAGAUUUGAGGGGUGUGAUGAUUUGAGAAAUGGAGGUUAGAUCUGAGAGUGAGGUACAUAUUAGAAGUGAAAAAGUGCCAUUACAACAAGGGCAAGUGAUACAGAGAACAAGAUUAAAAGUUUGGUUCAUAAGGGUUUGUUCCAGCAUUUUAAUAUGGACAUGUUUGGUUCAGCUUAUUGCUGUUUGGGAACUUUAUCAUCCACGUUUGUUUUCUGGUUUUGCUGGAUAUACUAAGCUUUCUGUUCAUGUUGAAGAGACUUUGCCUUCUCCUUUGCCUCUUCUUCCAGCUAGAAAUUAUACAAAUAAUGGGUUUCUUCAAGUGUCCUGCAAUGGUGGCUUGAAUCAAAUGCGUGCAGCCAUCUGUGACAUGGUGACUGUUGCACGGCUUCUGAAUCUAACUUUGGUUGUCCCGGAGCUUGAUAAAACAUCUUUCUGGGCAGAUCCUAGCAAUUUUGAUGAUAUUUUUGAUGUGAGACACUUCAUUGCUUCGCUAAGAGAUGAAGUUCGGAUAAUAAAGAGAUUGCCAAAGAGGUUCAGCAGGAGAUAUGGAUACCAACCACUAGUAAUGCCUCCUGUUAGCUGGUCAAAUGAAAAAUACUACUUGCAACAGAUUCUGCCUCUCUUCAGCAAGCAUCAAGUGAUACAUUUCAACAAGACAGAUACUAGACUAGCAAACAACGGGAUGCCUCCUGAGCUUCAAAAACUCAGAUGUCGGGUGAAUUUUCAGGCACUGAAGUUCACUCCAGAGAUUGAGGCUUUGGGAGAAAAAUUGGUACGUAUGCUUCAGGCAAGAGGACCAUUUGUAGCAUUGCAUCUAAGAUAUGAGAUGGAUAUGUUGGCAUUCUCUGGUUGCACUCAUGGCUGCACUGAAGAGGAAGCUGAGGAGCUCAAACGUUUAAGGUAUGCAUUCCCUUGGUGGAAGGAGAAAGAGAUUAUAUCUGAGGAGAGGAGAUCUCAAGGCUUGUGUCCCCUCACCCCAGAGGAGGCAGCUUUAAUUCUGCAAGCAUUGGGUUUUGAAAAAGACAUACAAAUAUAUAUUGCAUCUGGUGACAUUUAUGGAGGUGAAAGGAGGAUUGCUGCUUUGAGAGCUGCCUUCCCAAAGAUUGUGAAAAAGGAAAUGCUGCUUGAUCCUGAGGAGUUGCGGCAGUUCCAGAAUCAUUCAUCUCAGAUGGCAGCCCUCGAUUUUAUAGUGUCAACUGCUAGUAAUGUAUUUGUUCCUACUUAUGAUGGGAACAUGGCUAAAGUUGUUGAAGGUCAUCGUAGGUAUCUUGGUUUUAGAAAAACCAUUCGAUUGGAUCGCAAAAGACUUGUACAACUGUUAGAUAUGCAUCAGAACGGAACACUUACCUGGGAUGAGUUUACAGCUGCAGUCCGGCAGUCACAUGAGGGAAGAAUGGGACAGCCGACUCGUCGCAGAGUUAUUGCAGACAAACCAAAAGAAGAAGAUUAUUUCUAUGCAAAUCCACAGGAGUGUCUGUGCGAGAGUGCAAGAUGUGAUGAUUUGUUAGGCCCUGAUAAUUCAACUGCGGUCCGAUGAGAUAUGCGAUUCAGAGCAUGUCUUGCAUGGAUAUUUAGUCCAUAGUUAUGUGACAGGCUUUCGUGAAGAAAUCAAAGCGAAAGGCGUAAAGUUGUUGGUAUACACAUUUGAGAUCCGUUAGCAAAAGGCCAGAAUGCGGCCUUUGGUCAUCGGGGCAUUUUGGAGAGGUGAAUUUCGUAGAUUGGUAGUUUGUAACUGGGAGAAGCAACAGAAAAAAAUGAAGAAACCAAAUGUGUCAUACUUGUCAAAAAGAAAAGAAAGUGUCAUGUUAAUGUGUUCAUUCAUUUUGUUCAUAUGUAUUUGCUUCCUUCAACAAGUUGAACUGUGCUGAUUGUCACAUGAUACCACAAUUAUUUACAGUAAGAUAACCCUUGUUACAAUUAAAUUUGCUCUAAUUUGUGGAGCAAACAGUGUAACAGUUUGAAUAUUUAUCUAAAUGUCAUGCCCAAAAGGGGUACUUGAAGCAAA